AUGGAGCCAAUUCUUCGGAAAAUCUCCGCGCCUUGGCCGAUGCUCGUUCAAGCCGCCACGUGGACGAUUCUCCUGAUGUUGACGGUGGCUUUUGCGUCUUUUGCUCCGGAGAUGGCGUUUGUGUCUACAUUGUCAUCUCCGUCAAAACCGUGCGGAGGAGGAGGAGAUGGUUUCGUGAGGAUUCCGGUGGAUUCGCCGGGGGAGAUGGUGUGCGUGCCGUCUCGAAUGGUGAAGCGAUCAUCUUUCGAUCUUCUUGUUCCGACGAUUUUCGCGGCUGUUAUGGUCGUUGCGUCUGCUUCUCUAAUCCGAUCGUGUGUUUGAAUCGAAAACGACGUAGAUAUAUGAAACGCUGUUAAACAUUUCGUAAAUCGUAUUUACAUAUAUAUUAAUCCGUU